AUGGGGGUGGACUUUGAUGUGAAGACUUUCUGCCACAACUUGCGGGCAACUAAGCCACCAUAUGAGUGCCCCGUGGAGACCUGCCGUAAGGUCUACAAGAGUUACAGUGGUAUUGAGUACCACCUAUAUCACUAUGACCACGACAACCCACCACCCCCGCAGCAGACUCCACUCCGCAAGCACAAAAAGAAGGGGCGCCAAUCACGCCCAGCCAACAAGCAGUCGCCCAGCCCCUCAGAGGUAUCCCAGUCACCCGGCCGUGAGGUGAUGAGCUACGCGCAGGCCCAGCGCAUGGUGGAGGUGGACCUGCACGGCCGAGUCCACCGCAUCAGCAUCUUUGACAACCUGGAUGUGGUGUCAGAGGAUGAGGAGGCCCCUGAGGAGGCUCCUGAGACUGGUAGCAACAAGGAGAACACCGAGACACCAGCUGCUACUCCCAAGUCAGGCAAGCAUAAGAACAAGGAAAAGCGCAAGGACUCCAACCAUCACCACCACCAUAAUGCUUCUGUGAGCACCACUCCCAAGCUGCCAGAGGUGGUAUACCGGGAGUUGGAGCAAGACACCCCCGAUGCCCCACCCCGGCCGACUUCCUAUUACCGGUACAUUGAGAAGUCGGCAGAGGAGCUGGACGAGGAAGUAGAGUAUGACAUGGACGAGGAGGACUACAUCUGGCUGGAUAUCAUGAAUGAGCGGCGGAAGACAGAGGGUGUGAGUCCCAUCCCGCAGGAGAUCUUUGAGUACCUAAUGGACCGGCUGGAGAAGGAGUCCUACUUUGAAAGCCACAAUAAAGGUGACCCCAAUGCACUAGUGGAUGAGGAUGCUGUGUGCUGUAUCUGCAAUGAUGGUGAGUGCCAGAACAGCAAUGUCAUCCUAUUCUGUGACAUGUGCAACCUGGCUGUGCACCAAGAGUGCUACGGUGUCCCCUACAUCCCUGAGGGCCAGUGGCUGUGCCGCCGCUGCCUACAGUCACCCUCCCGGGCUGUGGACUGUGCCCUGUGCCCCAACAAGGGUGGUGCCUUCAAGCAGACAGAUGAUGGGCGCUGGGCCCAUGUGGUGUGUGCCCUGUGGAUCCCUGAAGUCUGCUUUGCCAACACAGUCUUCCUGGAGCCUAUCGACAGCAUUGAGCACAUCCCACCAGCUCGCUGGAAGCUGACCUGCUAUAUUUGCAAACAGCGGGGCUCAGGGGCAUGCAUUCAGUGCCACAAGGCCAACUGCUACACAGCCUUCCACGUGACAUGUGCCCAGCAGGCUGGCCUUUACAUGAAGAUGGAGCCUGUGCGAGAGACAGGUGCCAAUGGCACUUCUUUCAGUGUCCGCAAGACGGCCUACUGUGACAUCCACACACCCCCAGGUUCAGCACGCCGCUUGCCUGCCCUGUCCCACAGUGAGGGUGAGGAGGAUGAGGAUGAGGAGGAGGAUGAGGGUAAGAGUUGGAGCUCAGAGAAGGUCAAGAAGGCCAAGGCCAAGUCCCGGAUCAAGAUGAAGAAGGCACGGAAGAUCCUGGCAGAGAAACGGGCCGCAGCACCUGUGGUGUCGGUGCCCUGCAUCCCACCACACAGGCUCAGUAAAAUCACCAACCGCCUGACCAUCCAAAGGAAGAGCCAGUUCAUGCAGAGGCUACACAGCUACUGGACGCUGAAACGACAGUCACGAAAUGGAGUCCCGCUGCUACGUCGCCUGCAGACACAUCUGCAGUCUCAGAGGAAUUGUGACCAAGUUGGGAGAGAUUCUGAGGAUAAGAACUGGGCCCUCAAAGAACAGCUCAAGUCCUGGCAGCGCCUCCGGCACGACCUGGAGCGAGCUCGGCUGCUGGUGGAGCUGAUCCGCAAGCGGGAGAAACUCAAAAGGGAGACGAUCAAGGUCCAGCAGAUCGCCAUGGAGAUGCAGCUGACCCCCUUCCUCAUCCUCCUUCGCAAAACCUUGGAGCAGCUCCAAGAAAAGGACACAGGCAACAUCUUCAGCGAGCCGGUCCCUCUGUCUGAGGUAACCGAAUUGGACGAAGUACCUGACUACCUAGACCACAUCAAAAAGCCCAUGGACUUUUACACCAUGAAGCAGAACUUGGAGGCUUACCGCUACCUGAACUUUGAUGAUUUUGAGGAGGACUUCAACCUUAUCGUCAGCAACUGCCUCAAGUAUAACGCCAAGGACACCAUCUUCUACCGGGCAGCAGUGCGGCUCCGAGAACAGGGUGGCGCUGUGCUCCGCCAGGCCCGGCGCCAGGCAGAAAAAAUGGGCAUUGACUUUGAGACGGGCAUGCAUAUCCCCCACAGCCUGGCUGGAGAUGAGGCCCCACAGCACACUGAAGAUGCAGCAGAGGAAGAGCGGCUGAUCCUGCUAGAGAACCAGAAGCACCUGCCAGUGGAAGAGCAGCUGAAGUUGUUGCUGGAGCGGCUGGAUGAGGUGAAUGCCAGCAAGCAGAGUGUGAGUCGUUCACGGCGUGCAAAGAUGAUCAAGAAAGAGAUGACGGCACUGCGGCGGAAGCUUGCCCACCAGCGGGAAACUGGAAGGGAUGGGCCUGAGCGUCAUGGCCCCUCCAGCCGGGGCAGCCUGACACCCCACCCGGCAGCAUGUGACAAGGACGGGCAGACAGACAGUGCCGCCGAAGAGAGCAGCAGCCAGGAGACAACCAAAGGCCUGGGUCCCAACAUGUCCUCAACCCCCGCACAUGAGGUGGGCAGGAGAACCUCAGUUCUGUUCUCCAAAAAGAACCCGAAGACAGCUGGACCGCCCAAGAGGCCGGGCCGGCCCCCCAAAAACCGGGAGAGCCAGAUGACCCCCAGCCACGGAGGCAGUCCUGUGGGGCCCCCCCAGCUCCCCAUCAUGGGCUCCCUACGUCAGCGCAAGCGGGGUAGGAGCCCCCGGCCCAGUUCGAGCUCAGACAGCGACAGUGAUAAAUCCACAGAAGACCCCCCAAUGGACUUACCAGCUAAUGGCUUCAGCGGUGGAAAUCAGCCAGUGAAGAAGAGUUUCUUGGUAUAUCGUAAUGACUGCAGCCUUCCCCGGAGCAGCUCCGACUCUGAGUCUAGCAGCAGUAGCAGCAGCAGCGCUGCCUCAGACCGAACCAGCACAACACCCUCAAAACAGGGCCGGGGCAAGCCCUCCUUCUCUCGGGGCACAUUCCCGGAAGACAGCAGUGAAGAUACCUCAGGCACUGAGAACGAGGCCUACUCCGUGGGCACUGGCCGCGGCGUGGGCCACAGCAUGGUAAGGAAGAGUCUGGGACGGGGAGCUGGCUGGCUGUCAGAGGAUGAGGACUCCCCACUGGAUGCUCUGGACCUGGUGUGGGCCAAAUGCCGAGGGUAUCCAUCAUACCCAGCUCUGAUAAUUGAUCCAAAGAUGCCCCGGGAAGGUAUGUUCCAUCAUGGGGUUCCUAUCCCUGUGCCCCCCCUGGAGGUGCUGAAACUUGGGGAACAGAUGACCCAGGAAGCCCGAGAGCAUCUCUACCUCGUCCUCUUCUUUGACAACAAGCGAACCUGGCAGUGGCUGCCAAGGACUAAGCUGGUUCCUCUGGGCGUGAACCAGGACCUCGACAAGGAAAAGAUGCUGGAGGGCCGCAAAUCCAACAUCCGCAAAUCAGUGCAGAUUGCUUACCACCGGGCUCUGCAGCACCGCAGCAAGGUGCAGGGCGAGCAGAGCAGCGAGACCAGUGAUAGUGACUGA